UCUAAUUUAAUACAUUUUAUUUAUUUUUUCUAGGGCAACAACCUGCCCGGUACUCUGGUAUCGGCAUUUAAUAUUUAUUAAUGUAACGAAAGGUCUAUAGAAAUAGCCUCAAAUAGAUAAUUUCACAAAGUGAGCCAUGUCUCAGUCUACUGACAGCCAGCUUGAUUUUCUAGAGGAAGUCAUCAGGUGGGACCAGGACAAAUGUCAGCAAAACUUGGACCGGCUUCUGCCAGCACUAGUUUCCCACCUGAAGGAACAAUCAGAAUCAGAAUUUUACAAAAACACAGGUCUACUGAAGCUGUUGUGUUACUCUGUUUUACCUUGUGUGCCUCUAGAGGAUAUGGAAGACAAAAUAUUCAGCAACUUGAAGAGUUUUAUCUGUAGUUUGAUGGACUCAGCCCUCCAGACCAUUGCUCAAACAGUGACCAACAAAGCCACCGAUCUUAGGGUGGGGGACACAGUUGUGGAGUGUCUACAGUGUCUUGUAGAGUUAACACAGUGUGUGGAUGCAUGUGUGAAAUAUGCUGUACGUGUAUCCAAGUCUAUAGCCAUGUCGUACGUCCAGUCUCUGCCAGAAUGUGCUGUCCAGGUGCUCAAGCAGACGUACACACAUUGUAAGAACAGUAAUGAGCUGUAUGGUGAUAUGAUGACUCUCCUAGCUGGCCAGCUGUCAACACUCUUCAAGGAGGCUCAUACUUUACAGAUGUCUCUUCUGAACUUGUUGGACAAGAUGGUCAUCACUGGACCUCUGUUGGAAGAUCACGUCCAAAUUCUUUGUUCAGUCUGUACAGGGCUGUAUGAAGUGUGUACCAUAGUCACCAGCCUGGAUGUGAAGCUGGUCAUCAGCUUAUGGAAGGGGAUAUCAAGGAUCUGCAGCCAACACUUGACCCUAUUACGGGACCGCUUGGAUGUGUCACCCCUCAUCAACUUCCUGUGUGAGGAGAUCCACCAGGGUUAUCUGUACCUGUUUCAGAUCUGUCCAGACUCUGGCAUGCUGACAGAUGAGAAGGACCUGAGCAAACUUGUGAAAAUCCUAGGCUUCCAGAUGAAAGUCUUGGUGGCCUUACUGCGAGAUUUUGCUGACUACCUGGAUGGAUGUGAAACCAGUGUUGUCAAUUUGUUGCUGCUAUUUCACAGGUGUUUACCACCCAGCCCCAGUAGCCAGAAGAUGCCAGAGAAACAUGAAUCAGAGAUCAGGACACACCUGGUGACAGCCACCAGCCCCAUCUUGAGGUACCUGAUAGAGAACAGGGCCUUAAGGCAAGCACUCACUCAAGAUAACACAGACAAGCGAGAUGAAGAUAGCUUACCCAGACUUUUACUUCAGUUGAUGGUGCUCAAUAUGUUGCCACAGUGUAAAGAUGAUGUGCUGACCACCUGGUUGUGUCCAGUCAACUACAGAGAGAACAUUCAGACCAGAGGGAUCAUUUCAGCCAUUUUUCAAUCGGUCAAACUCUGCGAGGUUGAGAUGAGAUGCCCUUUAAAGCUGCCCGGUGUUGUAGUGCCUGGGAAUGCCCAGAGGCAGGUGGGCCUGUAUGAGUAUGUGGUGACACACAUCUGUGGCUACAUAGGAGCUUGUCUGCCCUCACAUAUUGGCACACUGGAAGCCGUGCUAGAAGAAAACUUGUUUGAAGGAACUCCCUUGACAGCAGUUCUUGCUGCAGACUGCUGGUGCUUUUUAGUCAGGUUUGGCUCUGCAGAUUUCUGCAAUGACCACAUCCAAAAGCUCAUCUCUGUUUACCAGAAGGUGAAGAACUCACAAGUUUUAUUCCGUCUUGAGAAUUUGCUCCAGCGGCUGAUCAAGUUUAUGUCACAUAGGCACCAGGCUGAGCUGGUAGACUGUGUGGCACCUUCCAACAACCCUGGUCUCUGGCUGGCCUUGACCCCAGACUGCCUGAAUGCUGAGCUAGCAAACCAAGUGAGACAGGAGUUGGCUGUGUGGGCCGUGGCUGUGGCGCAGUCAGAGAGCUGUAAGGCUGCACAGCUUACAUUGUCCCUGAAGAUAUUGACCUACCUGUUCUCCACCCCACCCAGCUGUUUAUCUGCUGCUAAUGAAGCUGCUGUCUUGGGUCUUGUAUGCAAACUGUGGGCUGAGAUCAAUUCCAUCACAGGAUCAAAGAGAAAGUUUCGCUUCCAUCUGCUGACAGAGUUACUGUACUUGACCAGGAGUCUUCUCCCCUAUUUGGGCACCCAUCAGAUCCUACAGAUCUUGUCAAAGGUUCAAGAGCACAUAACUCCCAAGGACCCAGCAGAACUUUUGGUCUCUUUGUCACAUUUUUUAUCAGAGUUUGGACACUUACCACCAGCCUCAUUCAAACAGAUAGAGCAGAGUUUACCUGAGCUCUACCACCCACUGCUGGUACAUCCCCACCCCCUCGUCCAUCACUGCGCCCUGGAAUCUCUCACACAGCUUGUCUCACAAGACACAGACCUGGUACCUGCAUAUCUGCCUGGAGGCGGGGCACUGGCAGCACAGUUUGAGAACUUUAUCAAUAAGGUGCCCCAUCAGUCCACUCAAGAAUUUGUUCUUGUCAACUACCUCAAACAACAAGUGGAGCCUAAAGCCCAGGUAGAUGGACCAGAGUCCAUUAGCUUUCAACUGUCUGAAGACUUAGGCGAGAGGCCGACCAAAAAAUGUAAGUUUGAUGAGACGUCAGGUGGGGGACCAGGUCCAGCAGGUGAGGACUGUGAUUAUAACAGUCUGCUUGCCAGGCUGACAACAUUGGCACAUGAGGUGGAGCAGACGUGUGGCAGAUCCCAGCCUCCUGAUUGGUUCAUGCAAGCAGCUCAAGUGGCCAUGGCUAGAUUGAAUGAUUGUUUAGCACCCAAUCGCACAUGGUUUGACAGCUUAUCUUAACCCUGACCAGCUUAUUGUUUGUGUUACUGCCAAUUGUAAAUGUGUAUACAAAAUAGUAAUAAAAUUGUGAAUAGUU